GCGACGCCAUCAACACCGGUGGCGCCAAGGAUGGCCGGCCGGUUCCGAAGAAGCCCCGCAAAAGGGUAAAACCAAACCCUGUCUUAGUGGAUGAGGCAGCUCGGGCGGCCAGUCGAGCGGCCGUUGAAGCUCACCGCCGAACUCUAGGGGCAUUGAAGGCCUCCGGAAUGCAACGUGAAGAGCAAGCUGUACAUAAACCGAGCUUGGUGACUUUGGAGGCCCGCGCCAUGCGCCACCCGUCGGUUUGGUGACUGACGCUCCCAUUCCAGACAUUGGAGCUCUGGUAGACCGCCUGCAAGCCAAGCGAGGCGCUGAAGAGGCGGCUGCGCGAGAGGAGCGGUUGAAAACAUAUGGGCGCGUGCGCCCCCUGGGUGCAUGCGGGACGGGGGAUGCCUUGGCCCGCACUAUCCGCAACGCGAGCCCUUCGUCCCCUCUGCCGUCCAUGUCUUUUUCUUCUCGGGCGGAAGACCCCGCUUCGAGUGCGCCUGUUCCUAGUGGGAGGAAGACCCCCUCUUCAUCCGCAGUAGAAGAUGAUCAGGCCCCACCGUCGCCGCCGGCCAACCAGCCUUCCAUGGAUGAGGUUCAGGGUUUGGCUCCCUCCCUCUCGCAGCCCCGUGAGCCUCCCUUCCCCACUGGGCACCCACCCUCUCACCCCCUCGCUGACCAGCCCCAGGUGCCCCUGGUCAUAGCCCCGCGCCCCGCCGACAAUGCAUGGGCCGAGGUUGUCCCGGGUCAGCCCCCAGCAGUCGCCCCUUCCCCUCCCCUCGCCCACCAGGAGCAGGCGCCCGUCGUCCUGCCAAACCAGCUCCCGGCAGCGGACACAAGUCAGCCCGCUGCACCUGAGCCGUCUGCAGAGCCAUCAUCCCCACUUCCGCCCAUGGAGCCGCCUGCGCAGCUGCCCAGGGAGCCCCCCCAGGCUGCAUCAGUCGAAGAUAGGGGGCCCGGCUGGUGCAAAAAGUUGGAUAUUGCGCUCCAGCAACAGCGGGCAGCCGGGCACACAGUCCUGGUUGCCGAGGACCUCAACAGGAACGGGGCAAAACGGUAUGGCAGCUUCCAAGAUAUUGCAGCUUUGGUAGCGCAUCGGAGGUUGAUCGGCCCGUACGCUCACUGGUACGAGAUCAUUCAAGACGAUGCCUGCUGGCGCAUCUACUUUGACCUGGACAAUUCGGCCCCUGUCGAGAACCGCAGCGAUUGGGAGCGGCGCCUGGAGGCUUUCCACUCGGUUCGGGAUCGUUUCCUGACCUCGGUGCUCAACGUCCCUGAGGCGGCGCUCCAUUUCCAGGCGUGCGAGGCGCAUGGUGAAGCGCGGCCACCGAAGCAGGGGUUCAAGUACAGCGUGCACGAGGUGCUCCAGGGAUUCUACCUGGGGGGGUUAGAAGCCAGGAGAGCAUUCGGGAAGGCCUUCCAGUGCUUUUUGGAGAGCCCCCCAGACGACCUGAAGCUCAGUGUUGAGCUCUUAAGGAAAGACGGUGGAUCCGAAUAUGUGUGGGACGAUUCAGUUUAUGACCGCCGGCGCUGCUUCCGACUGCUAAGGUCGUCCAAAUUCGGGGACCGUUUCCGCCCCCUCAUCCCUUCGGAGGGCAGCUCCGAGGGGAUCGCGGACCACCUAGUCUGCCUUUACUCGGAAGCGGAGCGGAGGGUGUCCACCGAGAUCAGCGCUGACCUCCUGGGGGAGUGGACGUCCGCGAGGCCCGCUCCGCCUGCUCCGGCCCGCGUGGGGGCCUUCCGGCAGAGAGCGCUCGCCCUCGACGAUGCGAGCACCUCACAGAGGCCCGGUGAGGACCUCACCGAGCAGGAGCGGGCUGUCCUCCUCGCCCGCUGCAGGCAGGACCAUCCCGGGGCCGCCCUCGACUGGGUGGUGCAGGAGCGGCCGGGGGUUUUCUUCGUCCACUUCCGUUCGCCCGAACCCACGUGCUGCAUCGCGGGCAGGCGCCACACGUCUCUGGGCAACCAGAACCCGUACCUCAUCUACAAGCGGGAUGAGCCGCGCAUUGCACGGUACCAAUGCUUUGCGAACAGCUGCAGGCUGGCGCUAAGGGGCGAGUGUCGGGUGCUGCCCCUGGACGUCCUCACAGCGCUCGGCUGGACGGAGGAUUACGAAGAGAAUCUGAGGAUGCGCCCCUACCCCGUGUUCGAGCUCACGCACGUCCGCAAGCGAACCAUCCUGAGUUCUGCCAAGAAGGGGGUCGGGAAGUCGAAGGCGUUUGUGGAGUGGGAGGUGGCCAUGGUCGGGAGGAACCCUGGGCUCUCCUUCCUCCUUAUUGGAGCCAACAUCUCGCUCUCCCGCAAGUAUCACCAGGACUUGGUCGAGGCGGGCGUGGAGGACGUCGUGCUGUACCUGGAGGCGCCACCAGGGCCUAUCAACGCCCCCCGCGUUGUCUGCUGCAUCAACUCAAUUCACCGCGUGCAAUCCAGGAUGGACGUCGUGGGGAUGGACGAGAUGGACAUGGUGCUCACGAACCUCAACUCUGAGGUCAUGAGCCAACGGGGCAGGGUGCUGGCCUGCCUGGAGGCGUUUGUGGCGGGAGCGAAAGUCGUCAUCGGCAUGGACGCCAACAUCGACUGCAAGCGGGUGAUGGAGUACCUCUUCAUGGAUGUGCUGGACCGUGUCGCUCGAGGCACGAAGGUCGUGUGCCCUUCGACAUCCAAGCGCUUCGUGAAGAACCUGGAACACCAUUUCAACAUCGACAACCCACCCGCCGAGUCCGAUCGCCGCGGCAUCUUUUUGCACGCGGACAAAAGGUCGAGAGAUGACGAGGAUUUCUUCCAGAGGGCGAUGGCCGAGCCUGACACCUAUCUGGAAGCGGAUCUCGUGGCCUUUUCUCCGAAGCUAGGUCCGGGUGUCUCCAAAGAGAAGCCGCACGCUGAGGAGACGGUCCCUUUUGCCCUCAACAACCUGACGGGUCCAACAGUCGAGACGCUGCUUCAGCAGCAUGCUCGAUUUCGGACGGUCACCGACUCCACCAUCUAUUGCAAGCAGGUGAUCUCGUCAGCAGUGGAUCUGCCGCGCUCGACAGAGGCGGUCUUUCGGGCGAUCGAGCGAGACGACAGGCAGAUCGUGCAGAUGCUCGGCGACGCAUCGGGCUUUCACUUUCUGAGGGGUUCGCAGGGCAUCUGCGACCGCUCGUCAGCGAGCUGCGUCUUGUACGCGAACAACAUCCUCGCAAAGGUCGAAAGCUACCUGGAGUACGUGCCGAAGCUGAGAGCCGACCUGGAGAACCAAGGGUUUGUGGUGACUGUUGAGCACAUCGAACCGAGGGGCACUCCGGGACGCCCGCCCCCAGAGGUACCCCUCGGCUUUGAUGAGGGCCCAGAGCUUCUGAAUGACAAAGAUUGGCGAGCCAAGUACAUCAUCAGUGCGGAGCAGUACGAGAUUCUGUGCGAGAGACCCGACGACCUGACUUCGAAGGAGCAGCUGCAAGAAUACUUGUACGAGAUGGUCACGAAGGAGUACAGAGUCGACCCUGGCCGAGUCGAUCACUCCUUCUACAUCCGCUUUUGCGCCGACUCGGACGAAGCGAAGGGUACCAAAGAGGCCCAUGCCAACUAUCUGAGAUUCCGCGAGCACCGCUUCGACACCCUCGUCGGAGACCUGGACAGAGCGCUCGGCCAGAUCAAUGAGGCGGACAUGGUCCAGGAGUACGUCCGUGAACUACGCGACCCUGUCAACCGUGUGCCGUUUGCGGUGCGCGUCCUGGCCUUUCUUGUCGAGUGCGAGGAGACGGCGCUGAACCACGAGUCAGAGCGGUGGGAGGUGUCGGAGGAGCGCGUGCAGGCUGCCUAUACGGAGCUCAUUGGGCCUAGCAAGGAGCGCUUGAAAACCAUCUUCAAUCUCUACGGCUUCAAGCAACAGAUCUCCAGGCCCUCGAAAGCUGCUGAUGGGAGAGUGAACGAGAAAUGGGCCCAGAAGCGGAAUGCGGUGGCGAAUGUGCUCAGAGCGGGCCUCGGGAUCGAGGUACGAAAGGCGAAAAAGAGCGGGGGCAAAUUCAAAACUCCCCACCUGUUGACGCCCGCAAUCUAUCGAGGCUUGCACGAGCGAUACGGUUUUUUCACCCCGCAGAGGGUCGCAGAGGUGGAGUGCAUGAUCAGCCGGUGAAGGGGGCGAGUCUCAAAAGAGAUAUCUGAGGUUGUCAAGCUGCAUUUGAAAGUAUCUAUCACUAAUUAUUGUAGGCUUUGGUUGAUUUUAGGAAUCUUACAUCUAAGGAUGUCGCCCAUUGCGAUUAAUCAAGCCGCGUUUUGACCGCGAUUGUAAGGUAUUUGACUUCUUCGUCGAUACGAGCCCGUAGCCGAUCACGCUGCACGCAUUUUUAGCUGUUGUGACCGAUCGUGAAGACACCUCGAUGUCAAUUUGCAUUGGUUUGAAAGCUCUGAUGUAUAGCACGGUGGUGC